AUGAAGCUUUCGCGCGCAAUUUCUCUGGCCCUAAUAGCGGCCUAUUCGCCAGUAUUGAGUACUGUUUCAGCAGAAGAUGUGACAGUGACAGAGACAGUUCUUGAAACGGUCACUGUUUCUGAACCUUGGGAGGCAGCAACCAGCCUACCGACGAGUGCUGCGCCAUACUCAGCAGUUCCUGAGCCCUCAGCAUCACCUGCUGAAUCGCUGUCAGACACCCCAACGGUGUUAUUGCCAACGAGCUCCUCGGCAUACUGGUCGAUUCCAGGACCAUCACCGAUCUUAGGCGCAGAGACAAGUACUUCGACUAUCACAACACACCCGGGAUAUUAUUUGAGGAAGAGGGCAAAUCCACCAGAGUCUCCGGCUAUAAUCGCAGGAGCCCCUGCUACGAUCACAGUGACUUCAACAUCAACAAUCACAACCUGUCCUGUAUGCACAAGUACAUCAACUACUACUCCUACCAAUACGCCAACAAUACCGCCUCCUGAAACUACACCAACCACAUCCACAACAACCAGUAAUCCUGUCACCACGCCGACAGCAGCACCAGGAUCUACUGUGACUGUGACUGUGACAACCACUGUCAGCUUGCCAGGCACCACGGAGACAGACACCCUCACUAGCACGGUCACUAUUCCGGGAACUACAGGAACAGAUACUGUCACUACAACCAUUAGCUUACCAGGUACCACAGUGACAGCCACUCAGAGUUCAAUCUCGACCAUUACUAUCACAGCCACCACAGUUACCGUUACUUCUGAAGGUGGAACAACCAUGACCUCGACUCAAACAGUAACUUUGCCCGCGACGACAGUGACCGACACAGCUACGUUUACAGAAACUACAUCGGUAACAAUGCCAGGGUCUACUGUAACAGUCCCUGGUUCAACAGUAACCGAGACAACUACAUCAACCGAGAUGACCACACAAACCGUCACCGUUUCUGGGGGCACAGUAACAGAUAUCACGACAGUAACUCAGACCUCAACGUCAACAAUCACUAGUCCUGGAUCAACUGUUACAGACACAACCACAUUGACUGAGAUCUCGACCUCGACACUCACGAGCCCAGGAGCGACAGUGACGGAUACAACCACUGUAACGGAGGGUUCUACCCAGACCAUCAGCCAGAUUCUAACGACGACGGCCACCGAGACCGUGGUCUUGCCUGGGACAACCGUGGUAGAUUCGAAGACUAUUACCCUACCUGGAACGACAAUAGUCAACUCGCAAACUGUGACCCUCACGGUCCCUGGAACAACCGUGACAAAUAUGAGGACAAUCACUGAAUCCGGGACAACGAUGACUACCUCUGAGGUAGUCACCCUUCCUGGUUCUAUAGUCACGACGAUAGAGACAGUUCCAACUACUCUUCCCGGGUCAACUAUAGUCACGACUAUCACUGAGCCAGGACAGACGAUUACCAUGUCCGGAUCUGUAACCACGUUGCCAGGAUCAACUAUCAUUCAAACCACUACUCUUCCUGGCGUCACCACAACGGAUAAGCAGACAAUUCCCACAACACUGCCUGGAGCAACGAUUUUGACCACUGUUAAGCGGCCAGCAAGUACAAUGACGGUAUCAGGAACCAUUACUACCGUACUAGGGUCGACUAUCGUACAGAGCACAACUCUCCCUGGCUCGCGAUUAGUCGAGACUGUGUCAGUGACAGUCAUCCAGAGUACUACUAUUUUCGAUACAGUAACGUUGACUGGCUUUGAUAAAACUGUAACAAUCACGGAUCCAGCUGCAUCUACAACUCAAACCGGCAACACUGUAACAGUUCCUGCAACCACCACAACGCUAUCCAUCUGUCCGACCCUCAGCAUCAACCCCACUUACACUCCGGCCGCUCCUCUCCCAAGGAACUACACAUGGGGUUGUCCACCAGCUUACCUUUGCAAACCCAAACACACAGGCGCCGACGCAGGCUGCAACAUCGAAGCCAGUCUGCCGGCAGAGUCCUAUGUCUGCAGUCCAGACGAGUGUAUCAAGAGCCCGCCAUUCAUCCACGACCAGUACUGGGGCACGCCGGUCGAAUCCAAUGAGAUCCGCUCAGCCUACAACAUCUCAAAGGAUUACUUCAACCUCGACCCUGAGAUCUUUGGUCUGAACUACUCCAUCUUCCGGAUUCCCGAUCUCAAACCAGGCGACGACCACUACUACAUCCGGUCCUCUCACCGAUCGUGGAGCAAGCUACUUACCCGGCAGUCGAUUGGAGUAUCCACCGUACCUGGCACUUGCUAUGACGAAUGCAAUGACGCAGCAUUGGAAGUUGAAUCUACCGGCAAGACACCGGAGAUCUGCAACGCUGGGUCGGCUUUCAAUGUCUCCCUGGGCCAAUGCGAGAAGUGCUGUAGUACCCACAAGACAGCUACUUCUGCCAGCUUUGAGCAAAAGGUUCUGCCGAACUUUCAGCAGUUUUUGAACUUUUGUGAGGGAUUGGAGGAGGAGUCGGCUACCACUGCUGCUGCGGAUACAGUCAGUUCGACUACUAAGAGUAGUCAGACAUCUACAAUGACAGGGACGACAUCCACGGAGAAAGGCGGUAAUAUGUCACAGACAAGUCCAUCAACAGCGUCGACUACUUCAGACACUACAAGCAAGGCCACCAAGAGUAGCGAUACAUCAAGCACGACGGCGUCUACAACCUCUGUUGAACAGACAACAAUACCCUCGCCAACCCAGCAGGCAACCGCACCGGACCCGACGACAGAAUCGAAGCCCGUAACCGCGAGUGAGGCCACUACUGGUACUUGUUCAUCAUCAUGGUCAACGACAGGUGCCUCUUCGAGAGAGACUGCACAAAGUUCUUCCAUGAGCAACGACCCUGGUAAAAGCGCGGCUAGUUCAACAUCUCACGGACCGACGAGUACAAAUUCCGGAGCAAGUCCGUCUGCAUCUGCAUCACUUUUUACAGGCGCGGCAAGUCCCCAGACAGUGCCAUCUCACUGGGGUAUUGUGGCUUUCUUUUUUGGAGUCGCGGGUUUCCACAUCUGA